CUCUGUCCAAGUCCAGCAAAAGAGCUCAGCUAUUGUCCAGAAAAAAUCCUACGUCCCCACUAGCAAGGGCGAAUAUAUCGUCACCAAACUCGAUGACCUGAUCAACUGGGCGCGAAGGAGCUCCUUAUGGCCGAUGACGUUUGGCUUGGCGUGCUGCGCCGUGGAGAUGAUGCACAUGGCGGCUCCUCGUUACGACAUGGACCGCUUCGGGGUCGUGUUUCGAGCUAGUCCCCGGCAAGCUGAUGUCAUGAUCGUGGCCGGCACCCUGACGAACAAAAUGGCUCCGGCUCUUCGGAAGGUCUACGACCAGAUGCCGGAGCCGCGCUACGUGGUCUCCAUGGGGAGCUGUGCCAACGGCGGGGGCUACUACCACUACUCCUACUCCGUGGUGAGGGGCUGCGACCGCAUCGUGCCGGUGGACAUCUACGUGCCAGGUUGCCCACCUACGGCUGAAGCUUUGCUGUAUGGAAUCCUGCAGCUUCAGAAGAAAAUCAAACGGGAGAAGAAGAUUCAGAUCUGGUACAGGAAAUAACCUCUUAUUUAUGACCUACCCACUUACUGCCCACCCGGGGCACCUGCUUGCAUCCGUACGCACAAGAAAUCUGGAUUCUCACGAGCCUUCCAAUAAACCUCUACCUGGUU